UCUUCAAGGAUACCGAAAAUUACUUUAAAUAGGAGUGACCCAUUAGUGGAUAAAGCCAUCACCUGCUACAAAGAAGCAAUAAAUAUCUCAUGUAACAAUAAUAACCCAGCUCGCUACAACCUUGGACUCAUACUUCGAGCUUGUGGAGAGUUUGAAAGCGCACUUUCUGAGUUUAACAAGAUCAUUCGAGCCAAUUUGAAGAGCGAUGAUCCUGGCAAUGAAGUAGCGAACGGAAAAAGAAAUUACCAGUAUCUUCUUACUGUGACUUGCGCUUACGAGGAGGCUGGACUUUGUCUCCUAGAGCUGGCAAAACAACCUGGGAAAACAGAAAAAGAGACGCUGAGCUUUUAUAAAAGUGCCGAAGAAAAAUUGAUGCAGGCCGUGAGUUUGUCCGCGUCAUUAAAUCUUUGUUCAGAGAGAGACGUGUUUGGAGAACCGACGUGGAUCGCCUUUAAAACUCUGGAAACUAUGUAUGAAGGCAGGAAAGAUUCACCUGGAGUCCUUAAAAAAUAUAUUGCGUUGUUAAUUCUCGUGAGCAGUUACGAGAAAGUUCUACAGGUUAUUGAAGAUUUUCGAAGGCUGAGU